AUGGGAGAAGCUGAGGUGGAAUCGGAGCUGGUUCACGCUCUGGCUGUCAGCGUAGCCAGACCCUCUAAGCAUCUCUCUCUCUCCCCUUCCUUCCAGCGCUGUGCGUUCGGCUCCUGGAUCAGGGAGAACAUCUGCAAGACGGAAUGUCGCUUCUUUGAAAAAGGUGUCAGAGAGGACGUAUGUAAGUGUGGAUACUCAAAAAACGAUCAUGUGGAAGAAGCCAUCAAGCCGGAGGACUUCUCUGGGGAGUCGUGGGACAAACACAGACACGUUCGUGAAGUCCCCACCGAUGCCUACGGAGACAUCAGCUUCGGUGGUUCGGGCCGAAAGACAGGAAAGUAUGUGCGAGUGUCCGCAGACACCAGCCCCGAAGACUUGUACCACCUACUGACGGAGCAGUGGAAGCUUUCUCCUCCCAACCUGCUGAUCUCAGUGACCGGAGGAGCCAAGAACUUCUACCUGAAGGCUCGUCUCAAGAACAUGUUCCACCGAGGUCUGAUCAAAGUGGCCCAGACGACAGGUGCCUGGAUCAUCACCGGUGGUACCCAUGCAGGUGUGAUGAAGCAUGUGGGGCAGGCUGUGAGGGACCACGCCCUGAGCAGCUCCUCCACACACGGUCAGAUUGUGGCUAUCGGAGUCGCAACGUGGGGAGUGAUUCACAACAGAGACGCCUUGGUGAAUUCAGAGGGAUGUUACCCAGCCCAUUAUUUGAUGGACAUCAAUGGCCAGGGCCGGCUGUCCUGCCUCGAUAACAACCACACCCACUUUCUGCUGGUGGAUGACGGGACCAACGGACGCUACGGUGUGGAGAUCGAGCUGCGCAGUCGUCUGGAGAGGUGCAUCUCCGGGAAGCAUCUCGGAAAUAAAGUGAGCGGUGUGACCAUCCCUGUGGUGUGCCUGGUUUUGGAUGGAGGACCAGGCACUCUGAAUACCAUCUAUAAUGCCAUGAUAAAUGGAACACCUUGUGUGGUCCUGGAGGGCUCGGGGAGAAUAGCAGAUUUGAUCGCCCAAGUCGCCGGACUGCCGAUAAAGCGAGUUACUAUUGCCCUUGUCAGCCAGUUGAUGAAGAAGUUCUUUGGCCAAGAGGACGAAACACUGGUCAUAACAUGGACCAAAACGAUUCAGGACAUCAUCCGGUUGCCUCACCUGCUGACCGUGUUCAGAGUAAGCGAGGACAGCCACGGAGAUAUGGAUGUUGCUAUUCUUCAAGCACUACUCAAAGCUUCAAGGACCAGUGAGUCACACUGCUGGAGGAGGCAGCUGGAGCUGGCUAUUGCCUGGAACCGAGUGGACAUAGCUGAGACCGAGAUUUUCACUGAAGAGAGCCAGUGGAAGUCCAGUGACCUCCACUGGGCCAUGCUCUCCGCCCUCAUUGGCAACAAGCCUGAGUUUGUGAGUCUGCUGCUGGAGAACGGCGUGAGCCUGAGGGAUUUCCUGCAGGACGAGGAGACGCUGUGCGAGCUCUACAAGCAGCUUCCCGGCUGCUUCUUUCUCCGCCGGCUGGCCAAGCGGGUUCAGAGCUCCAGCAGGACCAGGGGACAAAAGUUCAACAUCAGGCGUCGAACUCGCCGCAGGCAACCUGAAACCAUCUCCAUGACUCACGUGUGCAGCGAGGUGCGUCGCCUGCUGGGCAGUUUCACCAAGCCCCUCUACCCUCCUCCCACCAACAGGGCAUACCACUUCAACAUGGCUAUUGAGGAAACGUCCACAUCACUGUCUAAACAUCAGUGGGAUUCCGGAGGUCCACUCAGCGAGGACAAGGUGGAAGCACAGAGGGACCCAGGCACACACCUUUUCCUCUGGGCUGUCGUCCAGAGCAAUAAGGAGCUGGCUGAAAUUUCCUGGGAGCAGUGCAGAGACGGCAUUUGUGCUGCUCUGGCCGCCAGCAAGAUCCUGAAGAGCAUGGCCGAGGAAAUUUGUGAUGCGGACGAGGCAGAGGCCAUGGAAGAGCUCGCGGAUCACUAUGAGAAACACGCCAUCGGUGUGUUUAGCAUUUGCCACAACAGUGAUGAGGAGCGGGCUCAGAAGCUGUUGGUCCGUUCAUCACCGUUUUGGGGAAAGACGACAUGUCUGAGGCUGGCACUGGAGGCUAAUGAUAAAAGCUUUGUAGCUCAGUCUGGUGUCCAGGCUCUUCUGACUCAGAUCUGGUGUGGUGAGCUUUCAGUGGACAACCCUGUGUGGAGGGUGAUGGUCUGCAUGGUCUUCUUCCCCCUGAUCUACACUGGCUUUCUGGUUUUCAGACGUGAUGAAGUCAUCCACAGAGAAAACGAGAAGAAAGAGGAGAUCAAGACAAUCGAGACUGUGACAGGAAGUACAAUAAGAACUAACUCUUGUGCCUUUGACCCCGGCCAGGAGCACCUGAAGCCUCUGAGCAGCUGGUCCAGACUGGUCUGUCUCUUCAGCUCCCCACAGGUCAAGUUCUACUGGAAUAUUGUGUCUUACUUCGCCUUCCUCUUCCUGUUUGCUGUGGUGCUCAUGAUCGACUUCCAGGAUAUGCCCUCUGGAGGGGAGGUGCUGCUCUACAUCUGGCUGAUUUCUCUGGUGUUUGAGGAGAUCAGACAGCUCUUUCAUGAUCCUGAUGGUUUUGGGUUUCGUAAGAAAGCCAAGAUGUACAUCCACGACCUGUGGAAUAUUUUAGACGUCCUCUCCGCCCUCCUGUUUAUUAUUGGCCUUGCUUUUAGGCUGACGUCCGAGCUGUUCUACGCGGGUAAAAUCCUCCUCUGCAUCGACUUCGUGGUCUUCUGCCUCCGCCUCAUGGCCAUCUUCACUAUCAGCCGAACUCUGGGACCCAAAAUCAUCAUAGUCAGGAGGAUGAUGACGGACUUGUUCUUCUUCAUGUUCCUGCUGAGUAUCUGGGUGGUGGCGUACGGCGUGGCCAAACAAGGCAUUCUCAUCCACAACGACAAUCGGCUGGACUGGAUUGUCCGUGGGGCAGUGUACGAGCCGUACCUCAUCAUAUUUGGAGAUUUCCCCUCCAAUAUUGACAAUACUGCGUUUGACAUCGACUCCUGCACCAUGAACGGCACCGAUCCCCUGAAGCCCAAGUGUCCAGUGCUGAAUGAAAACCAAACGCCAGCCUUCCCCGAGUGGCUCACCAUCAUCAUGCUUUGUAUUUACUUGCUCUUUGCCAACAUACUGCUGCUCAACCUGCUCAUAGCCAUCUUCAAUUUUACGUUCCAGCAAGUGCAGGACAACACCGACCGAAUAUGGAAGUUUCAAAGAUAUGAGCUCAUUAAGGAGUACCACAGCCGCCCAGCCGCCCCGCCUCCCUUCAUCAUCCUCGGCCAUCUCUACCUCUUCAUCAGACACGUGGUGCUGUGCAAGCCGCCCGACAGGUCCAAGGAGUUCAAUAAUAAGCUUUCUGAGAUAGAGGACGAGGACCUGUUGUCCUGGGAGGCGCUGAUGAAAGACAGAUACCUGAUAUCCACAAAGCAGGAGCAGAGUCAGAGCAUGGAGCGACGCAUUCUGGACACAGCCCAAAAGGUUACGACCAUAGCAGAUCGGUUGGACAGGGAAGAGGAGCCGAGCUCUGCUACCAUUGUGAAGAGACUGGCCCGACUAGAGCAGCAGGUUGCCCUUUCAACCCGAGCCCUGCAGUGGAUUAUGGACAAUCUGAAAUCUCUGAAUCCUGCCACAAAAGAAGCACAAUCACUGACAUCACCUACAACAGAUGAAACCCCUGACACUUUGAUAAAUGUGUCCGAGAACGAGGACGGGUUCCACGUGAAUGCCCGUCGGUUUCACUAUCCGAACAGCAAGAUCCGGCGCUUCCCUGUGCCGGAGGAGAAAGUGCCCUGGGAGGUCAGUUUCAGCUCCUACAACCCAACUCAUUAUGCCUCUGAAGACAGUGGGGACCAUGUGGAUGGAUUGGAAUCUGAGGCAAAAGAUAAUUACAGAAACCCAGGAGGGAGGACUGGCAUCAGGGGACGAGGUGCACUCAGCCAACUGGGUCCAAAUCGGAACCUAGACCUUGUUGUCACACGCUGGCGAGACAGUGAGAGAUCUGCCUUGGAGUAUCUGGCAGUCUGGGACGAGAGCCAAAGAAACUUGGCUUUUCCUGGGGGACCCGUCCAACCUGAUGAUCUGCUGCCUGUGACACUCAAGAAAACCAUGGGAAAGACGCUGUUUGAGAAACUAAAUGCAAAAGUGUCAGAGGGAACAAAGGUGUCUGAGGGUUAUGUAGAUGACUGCAGGAACACAGAUGACGCCUGGGUGGAAACCACCGUCCUAAACAUUCACCUGGACAGAAACAGCCAUGUGAUGUUGGUGAGCGGCCACGGCUUUCCUCAGUGGCAGGAGGUGAGCAGCAAAACCAGACUGGGCUCAAACCAAAGAGACGCUCUGCGGCAGGUCGCCGGGCUGCACAAGAUCAAGUUCUGAUUUCCACUCGGCUGCUGCUGUCAAUGUGCCUCCUCAACCACAGGUUUACAGGUUCACUCUGCUGCAGUGAGAGCAGCAGAGGAAAGGAAGGACAGAGGCUAAGAUGCUGUUAAGCCAUAAUGUAUGAAUGUAUGCUGCCGCGGAUGAUUUUUUUUACACAUGUCUUAUGACAUUAGACUGAAUGUUUAGUUUGCACACUGUGGGAUGAGUUGACAUAUGAGAAUGUAUAGGGUGAAUUCAGGUAAACUGGGACAUUGAGGGACACCUGAGCGUCAGUCUGUUUAUUUCCUCUUCCAACAAAAUCAAGUCAAACACACUUUUACUGUAGGUUAGCAUGGAUAUCAUGUGACUGAAAUCACAUGACUUCAUGGUGGUGGUGUCACAGUAAAGGUACUUGGCAAGUGUCAAUCGGGAGCCCUCCCCUUGGAAUUGGCCAACAAGGUCAGUGACACAAGAUUAAUGUUUACUUAGUAUUAGGAAAUGUCUUGUGUCUUCUGUUGUGCCUGUGCACUUUAUAUGUCUCACUGUGGGAGAGUGGGAAACGUUGUAUCGAUUCCUUGUAUGUCUUGAACAUGUUAAGAAAUUGACAAUAAAGCUACUUUAACUUUUAACUUUAACUUUAACCCUACUAUAAAUUGUACUACAGUGCUUCUUACUUCUACAACUCAUUUCCACAGGGAAUUAUUUAUGUAUUACUUUACUGUGUUUAUCUGACAGGAUGGUGAGUUACAGAAAUGCAGAUCACAAUGUAUUGUAAAUAAAAUAGAAAACAAUACUACUACAAUACUACAAUAAUAUGACCUAUACAUAUAUACAUCUGAGAAGAAGUUAUUUUAUUUUUGAGAUAUUGAGCUGCUACUUUUUCCACUUUGAAUGCAGGGCUUUCACGUGUAUUCAAGUACAGGUUCCUCUGAGGGUAUAUGUUGCACUUUACGUCACAUGUGACCUUUAUCUUGUCAACCACUCUUGACCUCUGUGAUGAAUAAAAACCAACCUACAACUUUA